AUGGCAUCGACAAGCUCGUCUACCCCUGCGGCAAGUGGCAGCGCAGUUGCUGCUGGGAAGCAGAGGCAGACCGGAGAUCAACAAGUCGCAGAAAUUCUUCACCAAGCAGACGAACUUGUCGAGAAGAUUAAACAGACCGCAUCCAACGUGACGACGUGUCAAGCGCAGAUUGAUCAAGUAUUUGGCCGAUGUAAUUCACUUGUAGAAGCGCUUCGAAUAGACUCGAAGAGUAUGGACAUUGCACGAGUCAAGGAAGCGGCUCAAAACGUAGAAGAGACGUUGAAGUAUCUACAGAAGCAUAUGCUGCGCUUUGCCAUCUAUGGCCGUCCCAAGGCGUUUGUCAAUCGCGAAGAGAUUGCGGCCUUCUUCGAAGAGUUUAACAUUAAUAUGGACAAGGUCCUCAAGUCGUUUGCCGUCACGCCGCAUCCUGAUGUCGAGGAUUGGGAGAGCGAGUAUUAUCAAGCCAAGGUCGAAGACGAGUCGGAUGCAUUUGAGCAAUUGGACUCGAUAGUGACGAGUGAGAGUGACAUGAAGAUUAUUAUGGAGCUCGGAGAGGAUGCAGUGACCAGUCUGAAGAGGGCCUGUAAAGGGGCAAUCGAAGAUCCAAAUGUGACUGCAGAAAGUCGGAAAAUGCUUCAACUAGCAAUGGAAAGCCUGCAGUCCCGUUCAUUGACGGACCCAAACAUUGUACAUCCGACAUCGCCACCGACUCACACGAGAACUAUUGCGAAUCUGCGCGCCCAAGAUUCGCAGCGUCCCUCUUCGAGCAGCCGCCCGCACAGCUCUACUUCACUCGUGCAAGACGCGCACGAGACACCUGCUGCGCGCGCAAAGAGAGAAGAGGCUGAACGAGAGAGGGCAAUGGCAGAUGGGGCCAUCUACGACGAGACGCCACUCCCACGGUGGGAACCGAGACGUCCGCCACCUGGACGUGGCCCAGGCAGUAUCGACGGUACAACGGAUACUGCGCAGAGGUUGGAGCAUCUUGCGGUUUCUGAUAGACCAAUGGAGGAUGUCCCCGAUGACUUGCCUCCGAGCUAUCAACCGCCAAAGUAUUCUGCAUAA